AUGAAGUAUUUGUUCCGCCCUGGUGUUAUACCAUCAUGGUUGGGGGGAAGUCUCCUCAGGAUGGGUCCGGGUCUUUUCGAGAUCGGGGGGGAACCCCUCAACCACCUGUUUGAUGGACAGGCUCUGAUGCACAAGUUUGACCUGGAGGACGGAGAGGUGACCUACUACAGGAAGUUCAUCAGGACGGACGCGUACGUUCGUGCUAUGACUGAAAACAGAGUGGUCAUCACAGAGUUCGGUACAGCAGCCUACCCCGACCCCUGUAAGAACAUCUUCUCCAGAUUCUUUACUUACUUCAGAGGCAUUGAAGUGACUGAUAACUGUAUGGUGAACGUUUAUCCGAUCGGCGAAGACUUCUACGCCGUCACAGAGUCCAACUACAUCACCAAGGUCGACCCUGAUUCGCUGGAGACGCUGAAGAAGGUGGACCUCUGUAAGUACCUGUCGGUGAACGGGCUGACGGCGCACCCCCACACUGACCCGGACGGAACCGUCUACAACAUCGGAAACUGUUUUGGCAAGAACAUGAGUCUGGCCUAUAACAUCGUCAAGAUCCCGCCUGCUCAGAGCGACAAGUCAGAUCCCAUAGAGAGAUCCCAGGUGCUGGUUCAGCUUCCCAGCAGCGAGAGGUUGAAGCCCUCCUACGUUCACAGCUUCGGUUUGACGGACAACUACCUAGUGUUUGUGGAGCAGCCGGUGAAAAUCAACCUGCUCAAGUUCCUGUCGGCGUGGAGCAUCAGAGGAGCCUCGUACAUGGACUGCUUCGAGUCCAACGAGAGCCUGGGGACAUGGUUCCACCUGGCCACCAAAGACCCUGCAGGUUACAUGAGCAGCCACAAGUUCAGAACGUCGGCUUUCAACAUCUUCCACCACAUCAACGCCUACGAGGACGAGGGCUUCAUCGUUGUCGACCUCUGCACGUGGAAGGGUCAUGACUUUGUGUAUAACUACCUGUACAUGGCCAACCUGAAGCAGGAGUGGGAGGAGGUGAAGAAAGCAGCGAUCAGAGCUCCUCAGCCUGAGGUCAGACGAUACGUACUGCCACUGGAUUUACACAGAGAGGAGCAGGGGAAGAAUCUGGUGUCUCUGUCCUACACCACAGCUACUGCUGUUCUGAACAGUGAUGGAACUGUCUGGCUCGAACCUGAAGUUCUGUUUUCUGGACCAAGACUAGCCUUUGAGUUUCCACAGAUUAACUACUCUCUGUGUCGGGGGAAGAAAUAUUCCUUCGCCUACGGAAUGGGGCUCAACCACUUCAUCCCUGACAGGAUCGUCAAACUGAACGUUCAGACCAAAGAGACGUGGGUGUGGCAGGAGGACGAGUGUUACCCGUCAGAGCCACUGUUCGUACCGACACCUGGAGCCACAGAGGAGGACGAUGGUGUGCUGCUGAGUAUCGUGGUGAAGCCCGGCGCAGAGAGACCAGGUAUCCUGUUGGUGCUGGACGCCAUGAAUCUGAGUGAGCUGGCGAGGGCGGAGGUCGACACCAUCAUCCCCGUGACUCUGCACGGGACGUACAGACCAGGACGUCAGCCCUCAUCCUCAUCCGAAGAAGACACAUCAUAGAAUUCUCUCUGAAAUGUUUGAUUGACACAUGUUUUUGUUUUUUCUACCAAAGCAGAUGCUGGAGUAGAAUAUUUAAAAAUGAAGUGAUCAUGGUUUAAUCAAUUUACUCACUUACUCAAAUGUAAGAAAGUUGAAUGAAAAUUAUUAUUUUUUAUCAAUUUCUGGGACUUUUCUGGAACAUAAUCAAAUAUAAACAACGUGUCACUAAUGUUAUCUCCACUUUUCCAUUCAGCUAAAGUUUCAUAUGAUUAUAUUUCAUAAUUGAAAUGUGCAGAUUUCUAUCUUUGUAAAGCAAAAGCUACAAUUAA